CCCGCUGUUGCCACUACUUUAAAUAAAAGUGGAUCCAAUGACACUUUGAUCCCUAGUGGGAGAGGGAUGUACUUCCGCAGAUUUUUUUCCUUGCGGGGAGGGAAGGGGAAGGCGGCCGAGAUAAGUUAGGCUGAAAUCAUCGGAGGAGCGGAGGCCUUCGCCUGCAAGGCGACUUAUAGGCAACUUAGGGAAGAGCGCCGCCCGGCCCUCCAAAGGAGCCCCCGGGGCACCCCGAUCAACGUUCAGCCGAAGGCGACAGCAGGCCGGCCGAAGAAACGCAUCAAGGAAAAGGCUGCAGCUGUGGAUCAGCUGCUGCUGCUGCUGCUGCUGCGAGGCAGGGGAGGAGUUUAAAGGGGAUCAGGAAGCAACGGAGUGUCUAACACCUCUCGCCUGCUAUGGCUGGCUAAAGAAGGGGGGGGCGGCGGCGGCGGGAGGAAUCAUCAUAACCAUAACAAGGGAAGGGGAGGCGGGGAGGAGGCAGUAGGAGAGCGAGAGAGCAAGCGAGGGGGGGUGGGUCGGUGGGGGAGCACCACCACGAGCACCGGCAGCAUGAGAAGGCGAGCUGGCCUGGGGGGCAACAUGAGGUCAAUCGUGGGCUUCUUGUCCCAGAGGGGCUUGCAAGGAGACCCCUUGCUCACCCAGGACUUCCAGAGGAGACGCCUGCGAGGCUGCAGAAACCUCUACAAGAAGGAUCUCCUGGGCCACUUCGGCUGUGUCAAUGCCAUUGAAUUCUCCAACAAUGGAGGCCAGUGGCUGGUCUCAGGUGGUGAUGACCGGAGAGUUCUCCUGUGGCAUAUGGAAGAAGCAAUUCACUCCAAAGUCAAGCCUGUUCAACUCAAAGGGGAGCAUCAUUCUAAUAUAUUCUGCCUAGCUUUCAAUAGUGGAAAUACCAGAGUCUUUUCUGGAGGUAAUGAUGAACAAGUUUUGCUACAUGAUGUUGAAAGUGGUGAAACCUUGGAUGUGUUUGCCCACGAAGACGCAGUGUAUGGACUGUCAGUGAGUCCAGUGAAUGAUAAUGUUUUUGCAAGUUCAUCUGAUGAUGGCCGAGUUCUCAUCUGGGAUAUCAGAGAGUCUUCCCAAGGAGAACCCUUUUGUCUGGCCAAUUAUCCAUCAGCCUUCCAUAGUGUAAUGUUCAAUCCAGUAGAGCCCAGAUUACUAGCUACUGCCAACUCAAAGGAAGGUGUAGGCCUCUGGGACAUUCGGAAACCUCAAAGUUCUCUGCUCCGUUAUGGUGGGAAUCUGUCACUUCAGAGUGCCAUGAGUGUGCGGUUUAACAGCAAUGGAACACAGUUGCUUGCUCUCAGACGUCGGCUGCCACCAGUCCUUUACGAUAUUCAUUCCCGUUUGCCUGUCUUCCAAUUUGACAACCAGGGUUACUUUAAUUCUUGUACCAUGAAGAGCUGCUGUUUUGCAGGUGACCGUGAUCAGUACAUCCUUUCUGGCUCUGAUGACUUUAAUUUAUACAUGUGGAGAAUUCCUCCAGAUCCUGAAGCAGGUGGAAUUGGCAGGGUAGUUAAUGGCGCUUUUAUGGUCCUGAAAGGUCAUCGUUCCAUUGUGAACCAGGUCCGAUUUAAUCCCCACACCUACAUGAUCUGCUCUUCAGGUGUGGAAAAGAUUAUAAAGAUCUGGAGUCCAUACCGACAGCCUGGUUGCACAGGAGAUCUUGAUGGUAAAAUUGAGGGCGACUCCCGUUGUCUGUACACACAUGAAGAAUACAUAAGUCUUGUGCUGAACAGUGGCAGUGGUCUGUCCCAUGAUUAUGCCAACCAGUCAGUCCAAGAAGAUCCACGAAUGAUGGCCUUCUUUGACUCCUUGGUCCGACGUGAGAUCGAGGGAUGGAGUUCUGAUUCUGAUAGCGAUCUCAGUGAAAGCACUAUUUUACAACUCCAUGCUGGAGUAAGUGAGCGCUCAGGUUAUAGUGAAUCUGAGUCCUCCACCUCUCUACGUCACUCUCCACCUCACAUGACAGAAGAAUCUGAUGAGCCAGCCUAUAACUUGGGAACCUUGAGAUCCACUGAAUCUCCACCAGCCAGAGAAGCUGCAACAUCUCGCCAGCAACGGCUGUCAGCACUUAGGAGAUAUCAAGAUAAGCGUCUUCUAGCCCUUUCUAAUGAGUCGGAUUCUGAUGAAAAUACCUGUGAGACUGAGCUGGAUGCAGAUCUUUUCCCAAGGCCAAGGUCCCCAAGUCCUGAAGAGAAUGACUCAAGCAGCUCCAGUAGUAGUAGUAGUAGUAGCAGCAGCAGCAGCAGCAGCAGCACAGAGGAAGAGGAGGAACUGAAUGAACGGCGUGCCUCCACCCGGCAGCGCAAUGCACUGAGGCGAAGGCAGAAACCACAAAAGGAAGAAAGGACUAAUGUGAACACAGAAAACACAAGCACCUACAUAGGAGAAGAUAUCUAUGAUUACCCCCAGAUCAAAGUAGAUGAUCUUUCUCCUUCUCCAGCUUCAUCACCUGAGAGGAAUUCUGCAAAUGCAGAGGUCCGUAAAGAGAAGAACUCUCCUUGCUCAGAAAGUGAAUCUGUAGACAGAAAGAUCUACAAAGCUUUCAGAUGGCUUCAUUAUUCUUACAUGUCUUAUGCUGCUAGUAAAGAUGGGGAAUCCUCUCAUGGGGGUGGUGAAAAUGAGGGGAAACCAGGCACUAGCAGAAAAGCUCAAGGUAGCCAGGAUUCUUCAAAUGAAAACCAUAGUAAAGACAUUGUAAAGGAACAGAGUUCAGCAGAAAGCUCUAAAAAUGGUCAGGAUCAUGAUUGUGAAAAUCAGCGACAGCUAGAGGAUCAGGAAAGCAUAGCCCUAGAUAAUGGAGGCAGUGGGUCUGUAGACCAUUCUUUUGAUACUAAGAAGUUAAAUGGAAAAGCCAUUUGCAAAGAACGAGGUAGUUGCAUUGAAGAGCCAUGCAAUCCAUCUACAGGAUUCAUUGAACAAAAAAAUAGCCAGAGUUGUCAAGCAGCAUCUAGCCACAAGCCUUUGGCUGUUUCUAAGGAUUCAUUUUCUACUGCUGCCAACUGUAGUGGAUCUGGAAAUUGCUCUAGAACCCCAACGGAUGAUGGUGAGGACAGGAACAUGGACAAUUCCUGUGUAAACCACAAUAAUGGCCGUUUACACUCUCGCGCUUCCCACCUUAAUAAUGGACAAAGUCUUGGAGAGCAGGAGGCUUUUGCCCAAGGAAGACAAUUACACUUAAAUGCCGAUAGUGGCAGCCUUGGGCAGACAUGCACAUCCCUGCACAAGGAAUGCAGCCUGACUGCUACAGACUCUCCCAGUCACAGCACAAACAUGAAAGAGGAUGUUGCUGAGCUGCAUCCUGCAGACAGUGAUGGGUCUCAAAUCCAUGGGCGGCAGAAAAGGCACAGAGCAGAGUUUGAAGACACUGAUUCUGAGAAGUCUUCCUCAGAAAAGAAGUUAAAAACCCAUGCAGCCUGUUUGUGAAAAGCUGCGUCUCCAACUCUCCAUUCCACCCUCCACUGGGUCUGUUUUAAAUUGCCAGGGCUAUGUUGUAUAAAAAUCUAAUCAGCUUCUUUACAAUGAGACUGAGUAUAGUGUACCCUUACAAGGUUCUGUUCAAGUAAAUCUUACUAUUCUUCUGUGAUGUGUGAUGUUUGUUCAACUAGCUACCUGACGUGGCUAUUGUAAAUUUUACUCUUUGGAAAAAAAAUUCUUUGAGUGUUGAUACUGUGGGUUUUAUAGUCACAUUGAGCUGAGUGAUAGGCAAAUUACAUCCUAUAACUAAUGAAGUGUGUUUUCUGUACAAGAAAGCAAGGGGGCAAAUUAGAUGCAGCCAUUUAACCCUCUCUUAUGCUUCUGAAGUCUUAAAGAAGAAUAACUCACUCAUGAUUUGGAAGCAUCCUCAUGAUUUAUGUGCAGUAGCAUCAUACAGCUAUUUCUACUUAAAGUUAAUCCAACUGCUCAUUCAAAAAGCAGGAGAUGGUUUGAUCUAGAGACUGUUAAGGUAAUUUCCACAAUUACCUUGUUUUCCCCCUCUAAACUUAACUCCUUCAUGCUGCAAAAUGGCCAUAUUAGUCAGUUGGGAGAUACUCUACUCCAGUUGAAAGCUGUUUGAGGUCUGUUCCUGGAGCAGUGGUAGACUUCUAGUGCUUUAUUUGUGGCCCCCCAAAUUAUGAUUUGGUUGCAGAAUAAUGUGUACCAGAGCUACACAUCCUGCGUCUGUAUUAGCGGCAGAGUACAGACUAGAAAAAUGGCCCUUGUAGAUCAGCAGUCAAGAAAGAUACAUAAUGAUGUACUGAACAGAAACUGUGAGUGCAAACUGAAUCUUGAGACCUGAUUCCUUUACAUUUGUUUCAUUUUCUUUUUGGAAAAAAAAGGACUUACCUUAAUUUGGAACAGUAAGAUGACUUUAGAGACUCUGGUUUUACAGUUCUGCACUACAGUAUCAAAAGUGCAGUUUGAUGUAUGGUUUCCAAUUAAACAAAUAUUUUUGUGUG